AUGAUCAAGCCACGCACACUCCCAACAAGGCAGCACACAAACACAAACACCGUCACAUCACCUAUACUGCACGGCACGCUCAGGCGUGUGACAUGCAUGCUUGGUACUGGCUGGUAG